UACAGCACUCGAGUUAUCACGACACUACACACUCUCGCUAAUGUGAAGCUGAACAGAGGACACAUAAAUACCAGUAUAGCAGUCUCUAUACAACCAAGCUUUCAGCUCAAGCACACAUAUGGCUUUGGAAGAACCACACAGGACCUUGGGAAAGCUCACCACUGUAUUUGCAACCAAGCUGAAGUCUUUCACCUUUGUGCCGUUUCUAAAAAGACUACCUGUUGAGAACAGGGUCUGGAAAAAGGUACUUCAGACAAGCAGACCAAGCAAGACUUCACAAGAGCCAGGGGACAUUAAAAAGAGCAUGGCGGAAGAGGGAGUCUACAAAGCAGAGGUUGUUUACGUCCAAGACCCUGAAGAGCACCAGUUGGAAGAAACGCUCAAGAACACCACUCAAAGUGAGAUUCAGUCAACUGACAAUUUAACCCUCAAACCACUCACCAUGCUGGCUGGUCCUCACACAGAAUUUGGUAGCAAACCUCCUGAGUCUAGCCCUACCACCAUGGAAACCACUGAUAACAAAUACCCUGGCAUUUCUCAUCUAGGCUUUCACAGCCCUUCAGAGGCUGCUGAGGUCAGCUCAGGUCUGUUUUCAAAUAGCUCAUCCCAGAGGGGGGAUGCCCUAAGCCCUGCCAGCUCCAUGGAUUUUUGUACUUCCCCUGCUUCUUCUAAGGAGUCUAUUUUCUUCGAGGGCUGGGACAAAGAGAGGAGCUGGUCAGCACUUAACAUGUUCUCACGGGAUGGUUCUCCUGGCCCCCUUAGUGGCUCAGUUUCCCCAUGUUCUUCCAUAAGAUCAGGGGCUUUCACACCCUCUGUGGUGAGAAUCAAGCAUUACUCCUUGGCUCCAGGCUCCAGUCUGCUGCAGAUGUCGUCCGCUUGCGGAACACCCUGCUGUGACAGUCGAGCAAGCUCACCCUGUUCUCUUACACCCCGUGCCCGGCACAAACCCCCUCCAACACAGCUCUCCCUGUUAACGGCCAUUCUCAGGAAAGGUCGCCUUCCUGUCCUGUCCUCUGCUUUACAAAGACCUUACACACCCUGCUGGCCCUUCAGUCCAGUUAACAUGUCCUCUUGUUCAGCAUGCUCAGCUGCUUCUUCUGUUGCACCCAUGAAUGUGUCCAAAGCAAAGUCUUGUUCCUCCAUAGAUAGACCCUGUACUGAGUCUUGCCAGGUCUCAAAGACACAACUACGGAAACCAGACCACAGUUCUCUUUCAGUAUCAUAAGUGGUCAAGACACCAAAUGAAAUCCCACUAAUGAAACCACAAGAAAGACUUGAAUCAUAUCAACAUUUCACGAGUACUAGUAUUGCCUUACCAACAAAACACAGCCCUUCACCGAGCUCUCCUACAGUCCAGACUGCUAAUGCUCAUCUGUCUGAAUCAGGUCACAAAGGAAAUUGUUUACCGACAGUUCCUAGCUCUCUUUUGUGUAGCUCCAUAUCUCAAAUUAACUACUCAUCUGCUAAAUCAAGCUAUCUGUCUUGCUCCUGCACCGAGAGCCAGAAAAAUCCAUCAGUGUCAGAGGAUUGCUGUGCAUCUUUACAACCAAACAAAUCUAUAGCAUCCUUAAUGCAGAUUGAUGAAACAGUAUCCCAUGAUAUGUCAGAAAAAUAUUCAACGGCACUAAAACAGGGUCACAAAUCAUCUGAUCUCUCCAAUGAACCAUAUCUGAAAGAUAGAGUAAGUUCAUCUGACAAUUUAAACUCCUCAGUACCACAACCUGCACAAAAUUAAUGUAAAUC